UGGUGUUUCUUGACAAUAGAUAGGCGUCGAAAACCGGUAAAUACGAGGCUCUGAGUACGAUAACCUGGCACCCUUCUUGGCCCUCCCUACCAGCUGACCAGAGUAAACAGCUUUCAUAAGCCUCCCAUCCUUGUCGCAGGCCAUGGCAGCUCUUCGUCAGCUAAUGUGUCGUGCGGUGGCGGCGCGCCCUGCGCUGCGCCACUUCAGCGCUGAGCCCUCCGUGGCAGCUGCAGGAGCACAGAGUGGUGGGGUUUGUUUUGACCUGACACAGGAGCAGAAGGAGAUCCAGCAGCUGGCCCGCAAGUUUUCCCGAGAGCAGGUCCUGCCCAAGGCUGCGGAGUACGACAAGAACAUGGAGUACCCGUGGGACCUGAUCAAGGCGGGCUGGGAGCUGGGCCUCAUGAACCCACACAUCCCUGCAGAGUUUGGGGGCAUGGCUUUGGGCACAUUUGAAGGCUGCAUCAUCACAGAAGAGAUUGCCUAUGCCUGCACAGGAAUUCAGACAGCGAUGGAAGCAAACAACCUUGGGCAAAUGCCGGUGAUCAUUGCCGGCAACGAGGAGCAGAAAAAGAAGUACCUCGGCCGCAUGACGGAGGAGCCUUUGACAUGCGGCUAUGGUGUGACUGAGCCCGGGGCAGGCUCGGAUGUGGCCGCCAUCAAGACCAGGGCGGAGAAGAAAGGCGACGAGUAUGUGCUGAAUGGCCAGAAGAUGUGGAUCACCAACGGGGGCGUGGCUAACUGGUACUUCGUCCUGGCACGCACCAGCUCAGAUCCCAAGACACCAGCCUCCAAGGCUUUCACGGGCUUCAUCGUUGAUGCUGACAGCCCCGGCCUGACCAAGGGGCGGAAGGAGUUGAACAUGGGCCAGCGCUGCUCCAGCACUGCCGGCUUCUCCAUGAUGGACGUGGUGGUGCCCAAGGAAAAUGUCCUCAUGGGUGAAGGUGCCGGCUUCAAGAUUGCCAUGGGUGCCUUUGACAGAACGCGCCCCCCAGUGGCUGCAGGAGCUGUGGGCCUCAGUCAGCGAGCUCUAGACGAAGCCACAAAAUAUGCCCUAGAAAGAAGGACUUUUGGCACUGAAAUUAUUAACCACCAGGCUGUGGCUUUCAUGCUGGCUGAGAUGGCGAUGGAGACUGAACUGGGCCGCCUGGCGUGGAUGAAGGCUGCCUGGGAGGUGGACCAGGGCCGCCGCAACACCUAUUAUGCCUCCAUAGCCAAGGGCUUUGCUGGAGAUGCUGCCAACAGAGCUGCCUCAAAUGCCGUCCAGGUGUUUGGAGGCAAUGGUUUCAACACUGAGUACCCCGUCGAGAAGCUGAUGCGUGAUGCCAAGAUUUACCAGAUUUAUGAAGGAACUGCCCAGAUCCAGCGCCUCAUCAUUGCCCGGGAGCACCUGGCCCGCUGCAAGAUGGGGCUCGUCUAAGAGUAACCUAAGAUGAGGGGCAUCAAGGCCUACUUGCCAUAUAAUCUUAACAUACAGUGCAAUACAUGAUCCCAACCAAAAUACAGUACUCUUCCUUUAAUUACUCAGAAUUCUUUACUAUCAGUUGAAGCUAAGUGUUUCACACCUGGAAAUAGACUAUUAUAUAUUCUUAACUGACUUAUCAUAAUAUCCAAUAUUCAUUUUCAUAAAGUAAUUAAAGAAUUUUGUCCUAAGUCAUGGCAGAAUUCCUUUGUUCAACACUCCACAAUGGAGUCCAUCGUUUUGAUUGCAUAUUUGCAUUAAGAAAAUGGUUUUGUGGUCAUGUAUAAGUUUACUAAACAUCUUGGAAGACUUGCAAAAUGUUUGACUACUGGCUAGGAGUGAGGUUGAAUACAGAAGUUAUUGUUAAAGAUUAUGUUUUAAGCAACAUAUCUUAGUUAUUUAUGUAAAUAAUUAUUAAUAUUUGUUGCUUCAAAACAUUUCUGGGUUCAUUAAUGCUGAUACUAUUUCCUCAACAAAGUUUUUUCCAGGUGGAUAGCAAGAUGGUACAAAGUAAAUGAUUUCAAUGAAAAUAUACAAAGUUUCCUUACUCAAGCACGUCUGUAAAACUGCAAGAACUAAAGAACAUCAGAUAACUGUAAAUUGUAUAUAUCAGGAGUUGUUUAGCAGACACCCUAGUACCUAGGAGCAACUAUCAAUGCAAUGUGAUUAACAGUUACUUUUAUCACAGUCGUAUUUACAUCCCACAAGCAACAACAGCCACAACAGUGUCCCACAGCUACUCCGCUGCCGUGCUCAGGGCGGCACUCCUCGGGGGCAGCAUUGUUAUUGUAACACUGAUCAGGCAUUUCACAUUGAAACGUUAUGUAAUCAGUUAAAUUAAUUUUAUACUUUAACUCUUCAUUUCAAGACUUUAUAUUUUUAUGCUACAAAUCUUUACGUAAUCCAGUGAGGUGUAAAUAUGGAAUUUAGGUUAUAUAUUGAUAAUAAAUUUGCUGAAGUAAAAA